AUGGGCCGCCUCGCACAAGGCCACUUUGACGACGUCUUUCUCAACAAGGUCAAGCAGGCCUGCAUUCACGUCCUGGAUCAGCUCAACGACGCCAACGAGAUCGAACAGGCUUUCGAUCUGUGCCCUUCCAUCUCUCGCCGCAAUCGUGUCAUUCUCUCCUUUCUUCGCGAUGCGGACCACGUCGGCUCCAGUGGUGAUGCGGCGGCGGCAUCUUCGUCCAUGUCGUCGUCUCUUACGACUCGACUGCUUCCGGGCUCGGUUCGCAGCUCUCGAGAGCCCUCGCUUGGUACGGAUAGUGUAGCAAGCCUUUCCGCUCAGCGACGCAGGCGCGCACAGGAGAUGCAACACGUUCGCGAUCCCAACGACUCAAACGACGACUCUGACUCGCAAGCUACCGUAGGUCCGUCCUCUUCGCGUCGCGCUCACCUUGAUCCGGCGUCGGCUCGUAACCUGUCCCUGUCACAGCCGGACUACACGUUUGAGCAGUUUGUCGAGCACCUCGAUCCCACCGACAAGCUCCUUAAACGCAGCCUCGAGAUCAUCAUUAAAGAGACAGCUCGCCAGGCUCUUGCAAGGAAACGCGAUCCAAACUAUGAUCCCACAGCUGCAUCCGCCACAACUUCACACGACCCUGCUGCCACCUUGCGGUCCGCCAUUGCUUCCUCUCAGGCUGACCGGGCUGCCGGUUCCAGUCGUCUUCGCGACGAAACCGCAUUUGCUAAUCGCAUGUCACGCGUGCUCAACCUUGAUCCCACGUCGACCUCUCGCCACCCCAAUUCGAGCACCGCCGAUCUGGACCAUGCCUAUCAGCUGCUUCGCUCUCUUCGACCAGCUACUCACUCUUUGACCGAUCACGGCAACGCCCCUAGCGGUUCGACCGCCCAAGACCACACCACCGAGGGACGCACCUUGCGCGACUUCCUGGCGAGCACAACCGAUCGCUCCUCGGGCCUUACACAGGACCCUGAUAUCCGCUCGUCUCGCUUUCCUCGGCCUCCCGGCAUGGGUCCUAAUCCUCCAGCCCGUCAACUCCGUCCCGUUCCAAGCCAGGCGGUCGAGUCAUCUGCUAUCUCACCUGACAGACUAGUCCCACGCUUGUCGCAACACGUACUCAACACGAGAUCGCUCACGAGCGUCGGCAUCACGCCUCAGACCAUCUCGGCGAGACUGGCAGAGGCAACCCGUCGCAAUGCUGCAGCAGCACGAACCAUCCAUGAAGCCGAGCGUCUCAGAUCGAGCCAAUUCAUUCGCACUUCAAUCGAGUCGCUGCGCGCUUCUCUAUUCCAGUUGCACAUGGAUCUGGCCUGCACGCAGCUGCAGCAUUCACAGCGUGAAGAAACGCAGUCUCGAUGGGCGGCGUCAGCAACAGCCGGCCCAGACAUCGGAGCCUCGUACGCACUCGUCAUGGACACAAUCGAGCUUUUCGAUGAUACCCUGCGCAGACUAUCCUGUCUCGUGUCCAACACUACCCGUGACGUCGCUUCGGACCCGACGACAAGCCAUCAAGAGACGAGCGCGCCUCGUAAUGCCGACGCUUCGCAGAUGCGAACAUCGCUUUGGAGGGCACGCAACCUCCUGCUCCUCUCGUCCAUGAGGCGUGGCACUGGACAACAGGAUACCGCACAAACCAGCACUCCCUCUUCGGCCGCUGUUCGUCACGAUGCCGAGCUUCGAGCUCACCGCCACCUUCUCGCCACCAUCGAGGAGUCGCACUGGUCCAAGCCCGACGCAGAGCCUCCUUCCUCGGAUUCCAUUCGUGCCUGGCGACGCAAGCUAGCGGCGUGGUACUAUCUCGAUCGCGAUCCAGCGCGAUACCCAGACGCACCUUCUGCGCAUGGCGAUCGCGAAGAGACGUACGCUCGAUGGAAUCCGGAUCUCGAACUUCCGUAUGCGCUCGACGACGAGAUCAUGGCUCCCAUGAUAUCCGCACGUCCGGAUCCGAUCGCUGACCCACGUGCAGCCUGGGCGUACGCACGCACGCACGAUGCUUCCGUUGGCGAUAACCUCAAUCAGGACGAGCAAGUACGUGAGGCACUCGCAACGAGCUCAGUGGCUUCAGCUCUGCAGCAGCUGCUCCGUGCGCAGAUUGCGAGUCGGGAGGCUGCCGAUGCAGCCAGCGACGCACCUGAGCAGGACUCGACACAGGUCCCACCCGGCGCGGCAGACUCAGCCGACAACGCACAUGAUCAACCUGCCAGUGAAGCCAUCGGCGACGCCGAUCCGGACGUCUCUCUCACGCGCACAACUUCGCUGAGCCGACGCAACGCCGUGCGAAGUCUCCCGCUCACCAACUCGGACGCAUCGAGCAUUCGAUCGGCGCGAUCGUCUCUAUCACUGCGACGUGCUCGCAACUCUUUCGGCCAGGCAAGCACUCCGCUGCCAGCACACGCUGCCGCACAGGACGAGGCUGACGCCAUCGAGGAAGACAUUGUAGAGACGUCUAUGGAGAUCGGCACCGUGCCGCACUCUCCCGAGCCCGUCACGACUGGUCCAUUUGCUCGACCACCAGAAGACGUUGCCUCUGAAUCGUCCCUGCUACCUCCACCCGACCGCCCGCGGGCGGCUCGAAGCGGCUCGUUCACGUUCAUCACCACGCCUGCUGCCGUUCUCCGUUCGACGCGACGCAGCGAGAGUCGCAGCCGCGCCGACCCGCGCAGUCAGUCCCCCGCAGCUCCGCUCAGUGAUGACGCCGACGCGGAAGCCGAAGAGUACAUCGACCUCGACCUGGACCUCGGCAUGGCGGGGGAGGACGGGUUCGAUUUCGAUCUGGUCGAUUUCCUGCGCUCGGAGUCGAGGCGUCAUGCGCGUCGGUCGAGCAAUGCCGAUGAUGAUGGAGAGUCGGUGGAUGCUUCGCCGCCUUCCGUGCGACGACGACGCGGGGCGGACGAGGGAGACGAUCCUCCAGCGGGCGACAUCCGCGUGUUCGUCUCUGGAUCGGGCGCAUCGACACCGGCAGAGGCAAGGCAGGCGACGUUCGAGGCGUACGCGCAACGAGCUAGGGUGUUGGAGCGGCGACGCAGGCUAGAACGUCAAAGACAGGAUAUGGAGGAGGACGGCGUGGAGGCCGCCGUCGGCGGUGGGAAUGCUUCGCAGGAGGCUUCUUCGGAGGGCCGGCGGCGCAGGAGGGGACGAAAUGUGGGUGGAAGCACCGAGACGGAGGAGGAGUCGGAUCGACGCAACUCGCUUCCCUUUCCUAGGACCUCGGAACGCUGA